AUGGAAGUUUAUUGUCACUCCUGAUUCAAGAUUUCAAAGCAAAGGGUUUCUGACUAUCAAUACGAAAAUCAAUGCAUCAGAUGUUGCUAUUGACUCAGUGAUUUCAUUGAAGUCACUGAUGAAAGACUAGACAGAGUAGUCCAAGAACCAAUUUAGGGGACAUAUAUCGAUCCAAACUCUUAGUGAUCACCUUGAAAAUAAAGAUUAUGAUGGCUUAAAGCAAUAUGUUGUUGAUUAUGAGUUGAAUAAAGAGAAUUUAACAGAGAGUGAAAAUGACAAUCUCUGUGAAAGAAAAUCUGAUGAGUCCUCAGAAGAUAACAACGACAGAAAUAAUGAAAGUUUUGGUAUUGAUCCAGCAAGUCUUGAGUCUUUUGAAGCUAGUCAUAACCACGAAGAGAGCAGUAAUCAAAGUCAUGAAAGCCAGAAUAAUCAGGAGAAUAUUCUUCCUUACAAUAUUUAACCCUUUUGGAGAAUUAAACAGAUUGAUCAGAACGAUUACUCCGAAUAGAACUGAUGAAAAUCGCAUUGAAAGGCGACAAGAAAUACAGCAAAGGUAUACAUUUGGGAAUAAUUGGGUCCUGGAUGAAAAUAGUGAAAAUGAAAGUGAAUCUGAUGGAACAACCCUCCGCUUUGAACGAACAAUCGCUGUUUCAAUAGAUGCUCCAAAUGCAGAAUUAUUAUCCCAAGAUCAAUUUUUAAGACUUCAAGAAAUCUUUGAAGAAGCUUUUGAUUUUCAAAAUUUUGUGACAAAUUUCUCUCAAAGUUUCUCCAGAAUUGACCAAAUUCUCGAAAAUGAGCUUGGAAAUAUGAGCAUAAAUGCUCAAAACAGACAAGUUCCGACACAAGAGGCUAUAGAUGAACUUCCUCAGGUAACUUUAUCCAAGCGGCAUUGAAAAUGGAUACCCAAUAGUGGAGAAUAUGAGUGUCCAAACUGAGUCAUAUGCAUAUCAGAGAUAAGUAUAGGUAUAGAGGCUAUCUUCAUGCCUUGAGGGCACAUAUUCCAUAAGGAAUGACUUCUCCAAUGGUUUCAAAACAAUCAUAAGUGACCUACUUGUAGGCUUGAACUUCCCACUUCUUAAACAUUUUUGUUCGGUACAUGAAGAGAUUUUUCAAUUUA